GAGCUCUGAGCUAGCGACUCUCUGAGCUCUCUGGCUGUGUGUGUGUGUGUCAGUAGGCUGCUGUGGUGCCACGUUAGCCACCCUCCACCACCUCCACAGCUCCGUCAGCCAGCACCUCCGGUGUGCCUCGGCAGCAGUUAGGCUCUCCAGUCUCUGAGUGUCUCAGUCGGCAGCUGAGGAUUUCCUGCCCCUGCAAGGAUUCUCUCUCUUUCUUGCCAAAGCGGAGGGAGAAAGAGAGGGACAGAGAGUAAGACGGGAGGGGGAAGCGCGACAGCGGGCCAGCAGUGACCUUCGUGGUGUGGUGGCGAAGCAGAGGAGGAACCGGGAACGUGCAUAGGAUCCAUCAGCUUUAAGAGGUGCACUUUCCGUCUUUGAGGAGCAGUGAUAUGGACACCAGGUGUGGUGACGUCCAGCUCUCUGUGGGUGUGUGUGGGAUGUUGUGUCAGGGCUAAAGCCCGUCCCUCUCCCAUGAGCCUGUGUGCCCACACACACACCUGGCGCCUCCGCACACACCCGGCGCCCACACACGCACGGCACUGACGCUGUGAACCGGACCCUCGGAGCCCAGCGGAGCCAAGCGGAGCGGACUGUAGCCCAGUUGGAGCCUGAGGAUGUCAACAGAGACGGAGCUACAGCCAGCGGUCAGGCCCGGCAGCGUCAGACGGGACUUCAAGAGGAAAGGGCAGGAUCGCAGCGAGGCGGCUCUCAUCAGGCGUUUUAAGGGCGAUGGUGUCCGCUACAAGGCCAAGCUUAUCGGCCUGGACGAGGUCACCGCCGCCCGUGGAGACAAACUGUGCCAGGACUCGAUGAUGAAGCUCAAGGGUAUAGCAGCGGCAGCACGGUCUAAAGGAGAACACAAACAGAAGGUGUUUCUGACCGUUUCCUUUGGAGGGAUCAAGAUCUUUGAUGAGAAGUCAGGGGUCCUCCAACACCACCAUGCGGUCCACGAGAUCUCCUACAUCGCCAAGGACAUCACGGACCACCGAGCCUUCGGCUACGUCUGCGGGAAGGAAGGGAACCACCGCUUCGUGGCAGUCAAGACCGCGCAGUCGGCUGAGCCUGUGAUCCUGGACCUGCGGGACUUGUUCCAGCUCAUCUAUGAGAUAAAGCAGCGGGAGGAGAUGGAGAAGAAGGCCCAAAAAGACAAGCAGUGUGAGCAGGCGGUCUACCAGACAAUACUGGAGGAGGAUCUGGAGGACCCGGUCUACCAGUACAUUGUGUUUGAGGCGGGACACGAGCCCAUCCGUGACCAAUCGGAAGAGGGCAUUUAUCAGGUUCCCACCAGUCAGCAGAAGGAAGGGGUCUAUGACGUCCCAAAGCGACACCCAAAGAACGGACAUCAAAACACGCCCCUCCACCACCACCAUCCCCAUCAUCAACAUCAUCAUAGUCAUGAUCGGCCCCUCCAACAAGAACAAGCUGCGCUGCAGCAGCAGGCAGUGGCAGAUCUCAUAGACUUAGACCUGGAAAUGGUGACUCAGAAUAUCAACCAAUUAGAGAUUUUUGGAGACAUGUCCACACCGCCUGACAUCACCUCUCCAUCGACCCCCGCCUCUCCAGCCAACACCCUCGACCCCUCGCAGGGCCUGCUGCCUCCCACGGAACUGUUUGCUCCCUUCAAUCCUGCGUCUGUGCCCUCAGGUUAUGUGACGAUGGGAGCAGUACCCCCCGGCCACUGGUCCCAGCAGGCGUUUGCUGCCCAGACACCGCUGGCCUUCGGGGUCCAGUCUCCUCUAGGUCCGGUAGCCCAGGUGCUGCCAGGCGGCCAGCCUCUAAUCUGGGGCCAGGCCAACAUCUUCCCAGCCACCCAGCAGCAGUGGGCAGCCAUGGCGGCCGGAGCCUUCUCCCCCACAGCCUACCUCCCUGCCCAACCUGUGGGCACUCUGCCUGCCGCCAUGUUCCAGACUCUCACCCCCGUCACGACUGUGACUCCAGCUGGCGAGAGCCAUUCAGGUGCCGGAGCCAGCGCUGCAGCUCCCUCCCCUUCAGCGUCGUCGAGUCCGCAGCACGGGGAGAGGGCAAGGAAGAUGGGCAAGGAGAUGUUCAAGGAUUUUCAGCUGUCGAAGCCUCCGGCAAUGCCGUUGAAGAAGGGUGAACAGCCCGGCUUAGCAGGAACCUCCGAGGCAUUCAGCACUUACUUCAGCCGUGUGGGCACAGCCCAGGACACGGACGACUGUGACGACUUUGACAUUUCUCAAAUGAAUCUGACGCCAGUCACCUCUACGACACCAUCCACCAACUCACCACCCACCCCAGCACCCAGGCAGAGCUCUCCCUCCAAGUCCUCCGCCUCCCAUGUCAGUGACCCCCCCACCGACGCCACAGACCCCCCCACAGAUGACUCGUUUGGGGAAGCGGAGGGCAGCCCUAGUCGCAGUGGAGAGGAAGAUGCUGCGUGUGGUUCUGGGUCGCCCUGCCCCAGUGAGACAGCAGAGCCCAGCCCAGACCAGGCCAGUCCAGAGGCUGGGAGCUAGAUAGCAGCAGGGCAGGAAGGGGAAGAAGGACCCUCUCUAUGCCCAGAUCAACAAAGGGAAGAAAUAAAGAGACACACAGGAAGACAGACCUGACCAGCACUGAGAGAACAGGAG